UGUCUCUCCCCAAGAUAUGUUGCUAUCUUUCUUUAUUUUGUAAUGAUCUGUGGCUCGUUCAGUCGUCUUAGAUCUGUGGCUCGUUCAGUCGUCUUUAUUUUGUAAUGAUCUGUGGAAGCGAGGGGGCAGCGACGCGACUGGAGAUGAACGAAACCCGCAGCAUGCAUUUGCUCAAGCAUCUUCCUCUUGCGCUUGUUUUGCUACUGCUGUUCUGCUUGGAUCUCGGCUGCGACGCGCAGAGGCUGCCACCGGAGGAAGUUGCAGCAUUGCGUGUGAUCGGAUCCAAGUUGAAAAAGGAGUGGGACUUUUCUGUGGAUCCAUGUACUGGAACUAAUGGAUGGAGGGUUCAGCCCCCAAGUAACAUGCCUCAUUUUGCUAAUAAUGUGACAUGUGGAAACUGCAAUUCAACCUCCAAUAUUUGCCAUGUUACCAGCAUCAAACUUAUGAGCCAGGACUUAACUGGCAUUCUUCCAGAGGAGUUUGCCAAUCUGACCUUCUUAACAGAUAUUGAUUUAACGUGGAAUUAUCUCAAUGGAACUAUUCCGGCAGCUUGGGCAUCUCUUCCUCUUGUCCACCUGUCCCUCCUUGGAAAUAGGGUUUCUGGUACAAUUCCUAAGGAGCUGGGAGGCAUGAUCACCCUUGAAGAAUUGGUAAUUGAAGGUAAUCAAUUGGAAGGAUCCAUACCUGCCGAACUUGGAAAACUCACCAAUUUACGACGCUUACUUGCCAAUGGGAACUAUCUAACUGGGGAGUUGCCAGAUUCGCUUGGGAACCUUCAAAACCUCACAUAUUUUUUGAUUGAUGGCAAUCCAAUAUCUGGGAAAAUUCCAAGAUUCAUUGGGAAUUGGACACAGCUUGAGAGACUAGAUAUGCAAGGUACAUUUAUGGAGGGACCUUUUCCUCUCAGUUUUUCAACUUUGAUGAAUUUGAAGGAGCUAAGGGUGAGCGACUUGAAAGGAGGAAUUGGUACUUUCCCUCCAUUGCAUAAUAUGAAAAAAAUGCUAAAAUUGGUCUUGAGAAACUUAUCGAUAUCUGGGGAACUUCCUGAAUAUAUUGCAGAAAUGAGCACUCUAAAUACCUUGGAUUUAAGCUUUAACAACUUGUCGGGUUCAAUUCCAGCAAGUUAUGAAGGGCUAACACGGACUCUAAAUAAAAUGUACCUUACAAAUAACAAGUUCACUGGAACAAUACCCAGUUGGAUCUUAACGAGCACUCGCCAAUUUGAUAUAUCCUACAACUCUUUUACGGGACUACCUGCACCCUCUGUUUGUCAGCAAGGCACAGUUAAUCUUGCAUCAAGCUAUUCAUCAACAAAUUCUAAAAACAUAAAAUCAUGCUUACAGAGAAACUUACCAUGUUCUAGUGAAGCUAGAAAUUACAAUUUUUUUAUAAACUGCGGUGGUGGUAAGGUGAUUAUUGAUGGCAAUGAGUAUGAAGAUGACACAAUAGACUUGGGUGCGUCCAACUAUUUUCCUUCUGAUAACGGGAAAUGGGCUUAUAGCUCCACAGGAGAUUUUAUUGACAAUGAGAGACCACAUUACAUAGUUGCAAAUAAAACAUCAUUAAAUAUACCAGAGUUGUACAUGACUGCUAGGCUUAGUCCACUUUCUCUUAAGUACUAUGCUUUUUGCAUGUACAAAGGGAAGUAUACCAUUGGUCUGCAUUUUGCGGAGAUAGAGUUUACUGAUGAUGAAACAUAUAGCAGCAAUGGGAGGCGCAUGUUUGACGUGUCAAUCCAGGGUGUAAAAGUUCUGCAAGACUUUGAUAUAGCCAAGGAAGCUAAUGGGACUGGCAGGGAAAUAAUUAAAUACAUUACUGUAAUAAUAGAUGGAACUUUGGAAAUUCAUUUCUAUUGGGCUGGGAAAGGCACAAACUCUGUUCCAAAUAGAGGUGUAUAUGGGCCUCUUAUAUCAGCAAUUUCUGUUACGCCAGAUUUCAAGAUUCCUACAAAUCAUAAGAAGCUAACUGUUGGAACUAUUCUGGCCAUUGUUGCUAGUGCUUGUCUGGUGUUUCUACUGAGUUUGUGCCUUAUCCUCUGGUAUUUCUGGAGGAGAGAUUCCAAGAAUGAUGAGCUCAAAGGAAUGGAACUGCAAACUUGGCAAUUCAGUUUAAAGUGUAUCAAAGCUGCCACCAGAAAUUUUGAUCUGUCAAAUAAGAUAGGUGAAGGAGGAUUUGGUCCAGUUUACAAGGGUUUAUUACCAGAUGGUUUGGCAAUUGCUGUCAAGCAACUUUCUUCAAAGUCUAAACAAGGGAAUCGUGAAUUCCUUAAUGAAAUAGGUGUUAUAUCUGCCUUGCAUCACCCAAAUCUCGUGAAGCUCUAUGGAUGUUGUACUGAAGGAAACCAGUUAUUGCUUAUUUACGAGUAUAUGGAAAAUAAUAGUCUUGCUAGAGCUCUGCUUGGUCCUGAAAAAUAUAGAUUGAAAUUGGACUGGAAAAUCAGGCAGAAGAUUUGCCUAGGAAUAGCAAGAGGUUUAGCAUAUCUUCAUGAGGAAUCAAGGUUGAAGAUUGUUCACCGAGACAUCAAGACAACAAAUAUUUUGCUUGACAAGGAUCUCAAUGCAAAAAUCGCAGAUUUUGGCUUGGCAAAACUUGAUGAACAAGAAAAUACCCACAUUAGCACUAGAGUAGCUGGCACUUACGGAUACAUGGCUCCUGAAUAUGCGAUGAGAGGUUACUUGACUGACAAAGCUGAUGUUUACAGCUUUGGAGUUGUAACACUGGAAGUUAUCAGUGGAAAGAGCAACACAAAGUAUAGGCCAGAAGAAGAUUGUGUCUAUCUUCUUGACUGGGCUUAUGUUUGCCAUGAGAAGGGAAAGCUGCUUGAACUCGUUGAUCCUGCUCUCGGUUCUAAUUUCUCCAGGGAUGAAGCCUUGCAGAUGUUGAAGUUGGCUCUUCUUUGCACCAACAUAUCUCCCACUCUCAGGCCAAAUAUGACUUCAGUGGUCAGCAUGCUUGAAGGGAAGACCCCCAUAGAGCUUCUUACCGUACAGAGGUCAAUCUCCGAUUGUGCAGAUUUAAGGUUCAAGGCCUUUGAGAAGCUAGCCGAUACUAACCAAGCAGAAACCAAUUCUUCAGACUGGCCAUGGCCUGAUUCCUCCCUCUCUGAACAGAUUGAUAAAGGAGAGAGUGCGCUGUCUUCAUAGUGAAGAAAUUUCCGCACUUAUGGGGACAAAGUAUGGCCUUUAUAAUUGUAUUUUUGUAUGCACACAAACUGUUCUAUUAGGAUUAAGUUUGCAACUUGAAAUUUGAAGUGUGUAUUUUCUAAGUUCAGUCUGAAAGUUCUGUUUUUUAGGGUCCAAUCUUUAAGUUGUGGAUUAUGU